AAUAUAUGAGUCAGUUGGAGUCACUGUAUAACUUGGCAGAGAAGACAGCAGCACAUUGGGAUCCGCAGAAGAGGAGAUUCACUUAAGUGCAAGAUGGUUCCAGUGUUGAUGUUUCUAAUGGCAGUGCUGGUAGCAGCAGAUGAUCUCUCAGCUCCAGCAGGAUCUGCCUCUCCCUCAGUGGUGUACUGUGAUUCUUUUACUUAUUGUCCUGAUGGGACAACAUGCUGUCGGAAUCUAUAUGGGCAUUGGUUUUGCUGUCCAUUUGCUAUGGGUCAGUGCUGCAGGGAUGGUGUACAUUGUUGCCGUCAUGGCUAUCACUGUGAUUCAACAUCAACCAGGUGUUUGAUGGGGUGGUUGAAUCUGCCAACUUCCGUCCAAACAGCCUCCAAAGCAAUCCAGAAAACUGAGUUUGUGCUGAUGGAUGAAGCUGAUAGAUGGCAGAAUCAGGUUGAGUCUGUACAGUGUGAUGUGAGAGUCUCCUGUCCCGUAGGGAUGGUCUGCUGCAAAACACCAACUGGCCAAUGGGGCUGCUGCAGCAGUCAAGCAAACUAAUUUGAUUUAGUUUAUGUCUGAGGUUCUCAAACCUUUUUAACAUCAGGGGCCUCAUUUAUAAAAUGCGGCGAAGAAACCAUCUUACAUUUUAUCUUACGAUCAUACAAAAAUGCUUAUGUGUGAUUCAUAAACCGAACGUACGCACAGAAAACGCGCGUACCCCUUUCUUUCAGAUGUUAAAUCUAUUAAUCGCAAAUGAGCAGUUUUAAAACCCUUUUCGAGCUGCAAGAAUGGCUUAUAUUUCCAAAAACCUGCAGCAAUCAGACAAGCAAAAGUGCGUAUGUCUGCUCAGACCCUGACGUGGCGCUAAGAACUUUUCCAUGACAUCUUUUUUUUAAAGAUGUAAAAUAAACAUUAAAUAAAUUUGGUGUGCCCAAUAUUUACAAAUGUGAAGUUUUAGAUCAAAAUACCAUAUAGAUAAUUUAUUAUAGCAUGUUAAAAUUGCUGUAAAAAAUAAUUAUAAUAAAAAUGAUUUUUUUGUCUAUGUGGCUGCAUCUUUGUGUCCCCCGAAAAAAAACUUUAUGACACCAAUCUCUAUUAUAAAAUUUUAACCAAAAAUUUA